UGUGGGGGCUCCGUGUUCUAUUGACCCGGUUAAACGGUUCGGGCAAUCACGGCAUUUAUCAAAACGGCACCGUAAGCGUCAAUAAGGUGCCUUGCCCAUCUCAUCUCUACUCCUCCCUCGCUCGCGCUUUCUCUCUCUCACACAAACGGAAUUUGGUGGCACAAUUGUGAAACGGAAUCGAAAUUUCAAAUUUUCAAGCGAAAUACAGAACCAGCUGAAUUUCACGUGAUAUCCGGUCUUCUAAUUUCGGUUAAAUGGAGGAAUCAGAGAAAAGAAGGGAAAGAUUGAGAGCAAUGCGUAUGGAGGCUGAACAGGCUGAAGUUUGUAGUAAUGUCGAGACUUUUGCAGUGCCUGAUUCCCUUUCUAAUCCACUGCUUGAGAAGUCUGCAAGUCAACCAGCACAGGGGGAGUCUUAUGCGACUCCAAGGUUUGACUAUUACACAGACCCUAUGGCAGCAUUUUCUUGUAACAAGAAGAGGGGGCAGCCAGAUAACCAGAUUGCGCAAUAUUACUUUAAACCUCCUAGUUUUAGUGCGUCUGCAAUGCCACAGCCUUCAUCAUCCCUUCCAGACAUCUGUCAAACAUUCUUUUUGGACUCUCUUGUUUCUAAACAUGGUUUAGCUUUCAUUGAACUUUUUUAUUCUGAUUUAUCAGGACCAAGAAACCCUGAGAUGAGACCCUCUCCUGCUCAUCAAUUGCAAAGUAAUUCUUCAUUUGAUCAGAGAAUGUAUCAAGCACAAGGUCCUUAUAACAAUGCUGCUGGCUAUGGAAGCCCAAGAGGAAUGGCAACUCAACAAGGAACUCCUGAAGCUUGGAAUGGAUCGAAUGCCACAACUGGCUAUUACAGCUCUGGGCCCCAUGGCCAAAGAAACCCAAGAGGACUGAUCAAUCCUUUUCCUGUGAUGCAUCAAGGAACUCCUGAGGCCUGGAAUGGUUCCGGAGGCACAGCCAUCUAUAAUUCUCCAUCUAGCGCAUCAAGAGGUGGUCAGCCGUUCAGCCCUGGCUUUGGACCAGUAAGAAGUCCUAAUAUCAAUUAUGGUCAAGGAAGGCCACAGUGGUAUGGCCGCGGUCCAAACCCUGGUUUAGGGCGUGGAGGCAGUCCUGGUCCGAGUUCAGGAAGAGGUAGGAGCCGAUGGAAUGGCAGCGGCACAAACUCAGGUUUGGGGCAGAGUGGUGCAAGAGGGCAAGGUUUUCAUUCUCGUGGCUCAGGACCAGAAGGAAGACAGGGGCCACAGAUCUUCUACCACAAGUCCAUGGAUGAAGACCCAUGGCAGCAAGUGCAACCCCUUAUAUGGAAGAAUAGAAGUUUGAAAGGCCCUGGAUCUUCAAAUUCCUGGCUUCCAAAAUCCAUUAGCAUGAAAAAACCAAGAGUUUCAGAAGCUUCAAAUAAAUCUAGUUCGCAGCAGAGCCUUGCAGAAUACCUCGCUGCCUCAUUUAAUGAAGCUGUUAAUGAUUCACCCAGUACAUGACAGUUUUAUCAGAGUCCAAUGGAGCAAAUCUUAAUAUAAUUAUGCAUAAGUGCAAAUUCCAAUAGAGAUCACAAAAUUUAGACAUGCCUUUAUUUGAUUAUUAUAUGUAUAUGUACAUUAUUUUGUUUAUGACGGCAUAGAAUGUUGGAAACUGUUUUACUCUGGUACAUCUAUGUUUAUUUAGUUUGAAAUAGCAACAACAAAGAACUCCAACGAGCAGAGGAAGUUGUCCCUGAUCUGAUUCAAAUGUCUAUCAAUCUGUUCAUUUUAUGCAAUUCCGCAUUACAAAGUUUUAUGGAUGUCGAAUAAUUAACUAA